GAAGUAACAACAACAACAGAGGAAUUUUCAAGAAAAAUAAGUAUGCCAGCUGUUUCUGAAUCAUUUAAUGUCAUGCACUUUAAGAAAAAAAAAGAAGAGAAAUGGAUAGAUAAAACUCUUAAAGAAGUUACUGAUGGCUCUGUUUCAAAACAGAUGUUUGUUGGUGCUGUUUCUGGAUGGUGUGCUGGUGUUGUUUGUUCAAAAGUAGGGAAAACAGCUGCUUCUGCAUUAGCUGGAGGGUUAUUUAUGUUUCAAGUUGCACAGCACCAAGGUUACAUUAAAGUAAAUUGGAAUAAAGUGAAUAAAGACUUAGAAAAAGCAAAAAAGAAACUUGAUAAGCAUUCUACUAAAGAAUUACCGUGGUUUCUUGAAGAAGCUAAAAGUUUCCUGCACGAAUACAAGUUCCUUGUCACAGGAUUUGGUGGUGGUUUUCUCCUUGGUAUUGCUAUGUUUUAGCUUUAAUGUUCAAACAAUGUACUUAUAUUUUACCAGAUGUUCUAAUAUUGUCAGUAUAUAGUGUGUUAUAAUGAAAUAAAUAAGAUUUUUAAAAAAUGUU